AUGCACGACUGGCUGAUCUCUCAGAUCUCAUCUUUGACUGAGCCUAUCACUGAUCUUAUUCAUGCGUUUGGUGUACGGUUGGCCAAUUGGGUCAUUGAUUUACAAAUUUCGUCGACAGUUUACAUCAAGACUUUGGAUCCAAUGUUUAAUAUUUCCGAGGCAAACAAUGCUGACUGCAUUGAAACACCUCCCCUAAUGGAGGACCUUCGUAAAAAUUAUGGUUUAUACGAUGUUAAUGAACUUUCAUCGUUUUUUUCUCAAUAUUUUCAACAAGGUGUGUCAAGUUCAACGGUUGAUGGUCAAGUCUUCGCACAUGAUGACUUAACACUGGCUAUUCUCGACUGGGAAUGGGCGGGUGUUCGAUCACCGGCGCAUGAUCCGGGCACGUUUCUUUCCAGCUGUCGUGUUCAAAUGAUCGUUGAUCCUUCCAAUGAGAGUCUGCUGUGUUUCAUGAAUGCGUUUAUGGACACGUACAGAGACAGUGCCAGUCAACAUAAAGCCAAGUCGUCAUGCUGUUCUGGACGAGAUCUCUCACUUGUUGCUCAACUUAAGAAGGCAAUAUGUGCUGUCAUCGACGUUGUCUGGUCACAGAAGGUAGUGAAGAAACCUAGGCCAGUUCGUCUUACAACCACCUGGCUCAAUUUCAACACUCAUUCCAGAUCAAACUCGACGAGCUCUAUUGGUUCCCCUCACAAUAUUUUCACCCCGAUUUCGUCCACACCCUCAAGAUGGGGCAACGAUAUCUGGCCUGGUAAUUCGCCUGAUCUCAAUGCGGCAGAACAUAUUGGAUCAAUAAUCAAAGAUGAAGUUGAACAAAAAAUGUUAUCGGAAACUGGACAUAAUCGAUAUAGUAAAGACACACUCGAAAGACACAUUGUGGAUGUUUUGACGGAUGUGGAAGAAAACACCGAAUUGUUUGAAUCUCUUCUUUGUUCGUAUCCAUCUCGAACUCGUGCACUAAAGAGCGCUAAUGAUCGCCAUACUGAUUAUUAA